AGUCUGCCCCAGAUCACGUUUGCCAUUAGCAGCCAACCAGUCGGGCCCGAGUGCGCGGGCAAGAAGCGAUUGGGGGCGAGUGAGCUCGGCCCCGAGGUCCCCUGUCUGGGUGCCACCCCCGCCCGGGCCCGAGGUGGUAUAUCCUGCGCUCCCCGGCCACCUCCCCCUCGUGGAAGUGGAGCGGCGGCCUCGGAGUAACGCGGAGGCGAAAUGUAGCGAGCCGGGUAUCUCGGCUGGACGCUCGCCUAGGCUGGGGGUGUGGGGUGGGAGGGUGGCGCACCGGGGGCCGAGUAGGACUGCCGAGGAGGAGUGAUGAGAAGAGGGGGCUCCCUGCACCCCCGAGACCACGGGUCCCUGCUGCCACUCACCAGGCUCCCCCUUUCCUCCCAAGCGAGGGGCAGGUGUUCCAUACAGAUUCUUGUGACUUUUAAGGACCAGGGAUUUGGGAAGGUGCAGGAUCUUCCCAGGAAGAAAGAACAUUUCUGGGAAAAAGGAGAAAGACGGCAGGUACUGCCUUGGGACCCGCAGAGCCCGAGGAGCUGUGGGAAGCUGACGGAGCCCAGUUAAGAGGUGGGGGAAGGAGCCGAAGCCCAGAGCCGAGGCUGCCUUUUGAAAGAUCUGAACUCAAGCUACUUUUCAUGAAAGAAGAGCCACCUAAGAGGGCACCCCAGACUUGACUGGCCUCUUCUGCUCUGGAUGUCCCCUGCUCUGAGGAGCCUGUGCUAAGAACCAAAGAAGUUAAGAGGCAGGAGGAGUUUCCCCCAAGCACGGCGCUGGCCGGCUGGAUCAGGCAUCCGCAUCCCUAGUGGCCCGGCUGCAGUCUGGGGAGGACUUUCUUGCUUCCCUCCUGUUUGCGGCUUCGGUGCUUGAUGGGGCUGUCUGUUGGUGGAUCAGAUUUUGCAGCGCCUCUUAGGAGCGGGGAGCCGUGGGAAGAGGUCCCGCGGUGGCCAAGCCUGGGAUCACCCCAAGACUAAGUUCUUUCCCAAGUUAGAAAGGGAGAGAAAGCAAAAAGAGAAAGAGGAAAGUUCUCCCUUCUCCUCCCUUCCCGUCAUGUCCUCGAAGCCGGAGCCGAAGGACACCCACCAGCUGAACGGGACUGGCCCUACGGCCUCACCCUGCUCUUCAGAUGGCCCCGGGCGAGAGCCCAUGGCCGGGACCUCAGAGUUCCUGGGGCCUGAUGGGGCUGGGGUAGAGGUGGUGGUGAUUGAGUCUCGGGCCAACGCCAAGGGGGUUCGGGAGGAGGAUGCCCUCCUGGAGAACGGGAGCCAGAGCAAUGAAAGUGACGAUGUCAGCACAGACCGUGGCCCUGCGCCACCCUCCCCGCUCAAGGAGACCUCCUUUUCCAUCGGGCUGCAAGUGCUGUUCCCCUUCCUCCUGGCAGGCUUUGGGACUGUGGCUGCCGGCAUGGUGCUGGACAUCGUGCAGCACUGGGAAGUCUUCCAGAAGGUGACGGAGGUCUUCAUCCUGGUGCCUGCCCUGCUGGGGCUGAAGGGGAACCUGGAAAUGACCCUGGCAUCAAGGCUUUCCACUGCAGCCAACAUCGGGCACAUGGACACACCCAAGGAGCUCUGGCGGAUGAUCACUGGGAACAUGGCCCUCAUCCAGGUGCAGGCCACGGUGGUGGGCUUCCUGGCAUCCAUCGCGGCCGUCGUCUUUGGCUGGAUCCCUGACGGCCACUUCAGCAUCCCACAUGCCUUCCUGCUCUGUGCCAGCAGCGUGGCCACGGCCUUCAUUGCUUCCCUGGUCCUGGGCAUGAUCAUGAUCGGAGUCAUCAUUGGCUCCCGCAAGAUUGGUAUCAACCCAGACAAUGUGGCCACGCCCAUCGCUGCCAGCCUGGGCGACCUCAUCACCUUGGCACUGCUCUCAGGCAUCAGCUGGGGACUCUACCAGGAGCAGGAUGUCUGGCAAUAUAUCUACCCCCUGGUGUGUGCCUUCUUCGUGGCCCUGCUGCCUGUCUGGGUGGUGCUGGCCAGACGGAGCCCAGCCACAAGGGAGGUGUUGUAUUCGGGCUGGGAGCCUGUCAUCAUUGCCAUGGCCAUCAGCAGCGUGGGAGGCCUCAUCCUGGACAAGACUGUCUCAGAUCCCAACUUUGCAGGGAUGGCUGUCUUCACGCCUGUGAUUAAUGGUGUUGGGGGCAAUCUGGUGGCCGUGCAGGCCAGCCGCAUCUCCACGUUCCUCCACAUGAAUGGGAUGCCGGGGGAGAACUCUGAGCAAGUCCCUCGCCGCUGCCCCAGUCCUUGUACCACCUUCUUCAGUCCCGAUGUGAAUUCCCGCUCGGCCCGCGUCCUCUUUCUCCUCGUGGUUCCGGGACACCUAGUGUUUCUCUACACCAUCAGCUGUAUGCAGGGCGGGCACACCACCCUCACACUCAUCUUCAUCAUCUUCUACAUGACAGCUGCACUGCUCCAGGUGCUGAUUCUCCUGUACAUUGCAGACUGGAUGGUGCACUGGAUGUGGAGCCGGGGCCUGGACCCAGACAACUUCUCCAUCCCGUACUUGACCGCUCUGGGGGACCUGCUCGGCACCGGGCUCCUAGCACUCAGCUUCCAUGUCCUCUGGCUCAUUGGGGACCGGGACACGGAUGUGGGGGACUAGCCUGGUCACGCACCCUUCUCUCCACCCCUCUGCACUUUCUGUUUGAAAUAUGUUUGGGUCCCCUUCCCCCACCCCACUCCACACGCCCACCUCUUUCCAGGACUUCACUUUGAUACCGAAUUCUCAUUAUUUUCAAUGGGAAUUUUUAUACAUUGAGCCAAGUCGGUAUAGCAAGAAUUCAGGUAGGACAGAUGGACUGAGAUGAACAGUACAAGUAGAUUUCUGAGCCAAUCACCAAGUGCAAUUUCAUGGUGGAUUGGGGCAGAGGUUUCCGUCUGGGAUCUGGGGACAUUUGGUUUAGCUUUAGUAAACUCAGCCUCUGUGAGUGGGCUCUGGUUUUUGGGGUUUGUUUUUGUUUUUUUUGUUUUUUUUUUUCUUUUGGUUGAACAGAGGGAUAAAUAUCACUUCCCCCCCCCCCGACACACACAUACUUUUUCUAGAAAUGGAUCAACUUCAGAGCACUAGACAGGAAACAGCUGCUUCUGGCCCCAAAUAAUCCUAACCCCAGUCUCUGCCCUUCUGCUCUCAGAGUGAGGUGGACUAUUUAAAUUGUGUACAUGCUUCUCACCCAAUUGCCUGGUAAAUACCAACAGCCCCUCCCUCUGAUCUUUUGCCAAUCGAUUGUCUCAUCCAGGAAGGAAUGAGCAAGUGGCCUGGUCUCCCUGUUGCCCCAUGUCCACCCAUAGGCUUGCCAAGAUCUGUGUCCUUCCUGGGCCCAGAGGACAGAUCCUUUACCUCUGUUCAACCUUCAUCUCUAAUUGCCUCUAAGCACGACCUUCCCCAGAGCUUGCCUGGUUGGGUUCCAAGAUUAGGGACGGAGAAUGGGUAUGUGGAGAGUGGCUGGGACAUUGAGGGCAACCAGGGGUGUUUCACUGCUGCGGCUUCUCCUAAGGACAUCAUCACAUGGUCACCUGAGACUGUCGCUUCCUAAAAUUGCCCAUUCUUUCAUACCGUGGAGGCCUGUUUUCCUCUCUUUUGGCUUCUGCUCACGUUCAUCAUUCAUCAUUCAUUCAUUCACUCAUUCAACAAAUACACAGCCUCCCCAAGAGGAGCUUGUCUGCAGGUCUGAAACAUUCAUCGAGCGCUAUCUGUUGAGUGCCUACUACAAUGUUAGAUCCUGGGCCAGGCACGGACUGGCCAGGGGUAGGGAGAACACAGCUCUAACCUCUCCUCGUGCCCCAGCUAUGUGCCCUUUCCAGUCCGGUAGAGAAAGUUUCCUUGCUAGAAGGAUUUGCAUCUGUAUCACCAAGCCGGGUUCUGCCGCGAUUCCCCUCCCAGAUCCCUCCUCCCGGCAAUGCUGACCACAGCUGGAAACCCCAGCCCUAUUGCUCCACCACUGUUGAGGUCCCUAAAGACCCCUUCAUCGCUUUCCCUUCCCUCCAUCUCCUCAUCAGCCACCCAAAAGAGGAUUCAGAACUAGAAGGUUGGCACCAGCCGGCUACUUCUACCUUUCUCGGCCUAGCACAAGACUGAGAGAACACGGGAGCCUCUGCAUCUUCCCCAACAUUGCUGUGAACAGACCAGAAGUCUGUCCACACUCACACAUGUACACCUCUGGGCAUUGGAUGCGGGAUUUUCCUAGCCUCUCUAGCCUCAUCUAUCUACAGCUUCCCUCUAUAGCCCAUCUCCAGGGGACGACGAGACAGUGACCCUGUCUCUUACGAAGCCCAUGCCUCAUGACAGGAGCAUGCCCAAUACCUCCAGGGACUCUCUUUUCUCCAUUUUCACCCAGGCCGUCUUCCAGAGUCUAGAACCUUAGGAUUGGAAGCGUAGAGGUUAUCUAGCUGGGGUUGUGUCCCACAGACUUAAUUAACACCAGCCUGGCCUUGUUUCUGCUCUUCCUCAGGCCUUCCUUGUCCUCCAUUUCCAAACACCUUUGCACACAGACUUGUCUUGUACAGGCGCCAAAACCAAUUCCUCCGCCGCCGAGGCUGUGUCCCUGUGAUCUGCAGUCACCCCGGCCCCAGUCGCUCACCCCCUUCUCAUCGCUGGAGUUCUGGCCAGGCUGCCUUGGAGGACGCCAGAGUGUCCUGCUUUGCUUAAAAAAAAAAAAAAAGCAGGAAGGUCGGCGUAUCCUAAGCCCUGAGCGUGUGAACAGAGGGAGGCCUGUGGGGUGAGAGGGAAAGAAAAUGAACUUCCUGACUUCAUGACUUUUGUGGAAGAUUCACUUCUUUUCCCCCAACUGCACAAACUGCAUGGACUUUUGGCCUGGCUGCAAGGAGCAACAUCGGUUUACUCUUCUAUCCUUAAAAAAAUGACAGAACUGUGUCUUAAGAGAAUUAUUUAUAGUGACUAUAACUGAAUUGACAAAUGUCAACGUAACUGAUAAAUUAUAUUUGGUAAAAUAAAGAGGAUGUUUAUUUAA